UUCAAAUGAUUGGCUACCAUUAGUGACGAACAAAGGGAUAAGGAUGAUAUAAAUUGUGAGGAAAAACCUUUCACCCGGAGAGCAGCAGAAGUUUGACGAAAGCCGAGCAGACCCAGAAUCUCCAGUCAGAUCGAAUCAGUACUUGGGCCACAGCAUGACACAAGUGGAUAAAAGGGGUUUGCACUAUCAGGUACUUGGAUUGAUGGUGUUAGUCCUCUUCUCUGGACUUGGAGACACUAAGGAGAUUUCAGAUGAUGUGCUCCAAUACAACACAACACAUGGUGUAGGUAGUGAAGAGCAACCACGGGUUUUGGCUAUUCAAACGCCCUGCAGUGCAGAACAUGAGGGAUUCUGUUUCAAUGGUGUGUGUUCCUACUCCACCGAACUGGAAACCCCCAUCUGCCGGUGCAACAAGAUGUACAGUGGUGUGCGCUGUGAACAUUUACUUUUGGACAGCCACACGUUUUCAAGUCCUGAAGAACUCAUUGGAAUUAGCUGUGGUGUAGUUUUAUUACUGGGAGCCAUCAUUGGACUGAUGUACUUCUGCAUACGGAAAAGGUGUCGAAAGUCAUCUCCACCCUACAAGAACUAUGGCUCUGAGAACUCUGUUUAAUUUAUUGAGCUAGCUAGAUAUGAUUAAUGCUCUUAAAUUUGGUACCAAGACCGGAAGAAGGACGAAAC